AACCCGCCUCUUCCGGAAGCGGAAGGACGCCAUGCAUCAUUGCUACGGCGAAGCUCGAGAUAAUAAAAAGCACGAGGGUUUUGUCGUCAGUUCCUAUGUCAGGCUGCCGCGGCGUUGACUAGAGGAAGGUCUCGCAAGAGAGAUACUAGGCGAUAGUGAGACCUCCCCAACUCUGGGUGUCGGGAGUGGUUUCGCCUGUGGGUCACGCUGGCGGGAUAAAACCGCUGUUCCGAAUUAAGGGGGUGGGGCAGUUGCCCUCACAUGGCAUGUCGGCGAGGGUUUCCAGAACGGGGUUGGGGAAGCGCAACGUCGUCCUUUCGAAUAGAAAGGAGAGGAGAUUGCCCUCACUCAACAUGGCGAGGGCGUCCGAAGCAAGCUUUCCCGGUUGCAUGCUCCAGCGAAGCGCGCGUUGAUUGGCUUAGAAAGCAACCGCGAGCUGGUGAAGUUAGGGAACGCACGACAUGGCAGAAGAUAGAGCGAAUGUCAUGGCUUCAGAUAUAGGCACCACCCCUGAUGACAAUGAAACCAGCAAGAACCCCACACUGGAGAGAUGCCUCAAUGUGCUGAGAGAUGCAAGAAAUGAUAGUGAACAGUUUGCUGCUCUACUUCUGGUAACCAAAGUGGCUAAAGCUGGAGACAUAGACUCUAAAACCCGUCGGAGAAUCUUCGAUGCAGUCGGUUUCAUGUUCCCAAAUCGGCUUCUGGCUUCCAAGGAUCCCCCCGAGGGCUGUCCGGGGCACAUGUUCCAAGCCCUUGGCCUUACCCUGGUGGCCUGUUUCUGCACCGAUCCUGAUUUAGCUGAGCACCCUCAGGUCCUUAACAAGAUUCCAACUUUCAGCGAUGUGAUUUCAGCUUGUGAUCCUGGUGACGCGUCUUGUGGCUCCAUGAUCGAUGAGGCUUACCAGUGUCUUGGUGCUAUUCUGGCCACUCCCAAGGGACCCAGAGAGCUGGUGAACAGGGGAGCCCUAGUAGCAUUGUGUCAGGCCUAUGUGAGCCACAACUAUGGCUAUGAUCAGGCCCUUCGUCUGCUGGUGGGGCUUCUGACAGCAGCAGAAGCAAAAUGUUGGCAGAGAGCUCCUUCUGCCCUCAUGGGUGUACUUGACACACUCAGUGCAGAGUUCCAGAAGGCUGAAGACAUGACAAAAUUCCAGCUGUGUGAAGCCCUGCGCCAUUUUAUGCCUCCUCUUCUCCCACCAGGCUCCGAGUGCCUGCAGUCUCUCUACCAAGGUCUAUCAAGCAUCCUCUCCAGCAAGCUGAGUGCCUCCCAGAGGGAACCGGCCUUGAAACUGGCAGCCUGCCUGACGCAAGCCUGUGGCUCAGAGUGGAUACCCACAGGGAGGUCUGGCAGCAAGUUCUUUGCCUUGCUGGCCAACCUGGCAUGUGUGGAAGUUCGUCUGUCUCUGGAAGUGCUUGACCUGGCAGAGGUAGAUAAGAAGCAGGAGCUGGUGGCAGCUUGCUACAUCCUGAUGGAGCAUGCCAUCCUGGAGUGCACAAAAGAGGAGGGGUCUCUGCUGCGGGAGGUGCAAAAAGUGCAGCUGGUGGGGAUCCUGGCAGAAGCCUUUGCAGCUGUGGUUUACUACCUCAGGCAGGCAAGGUCGGAGAAGCUAGGAGAUCCUUUCAUCUUUGCUUCCGUUCGAGUCUUGGGAGCCUGGCUGGCAGAAGAGACUUCUUCCCUGAAGCAGGAGAUUUGUGACCUCCUUCCUUUUCUCCUGCAUUAUGCCAAGUUGCAGUUUGAGGUGGGGAAGAAAGGUGGAAGUAGCUUACAGAAGACUGGAUGCAGUGAUGGCAGCCAGAAACCCAUUUGGCAUGGGGAUGCUCUAAGAUUUCUGUUGCCUGGCUUAAGCCACUUAACAGCAGAGGAUCGACCUCGUGCAAUCCUCAUUUCAGCAGGUGCACCAGCUCUCCUUUGCCAGUAUUUCUCACACCAGUGGGAGGUGUUCAUUUCAGAUUUGGAAGCCCCAUUUGCAUUCGAUGCUGUAGAAUCCACUCUGCAAACCACUUGUGCGAUCUUUCUGAAUUUUGUUGUGGCCGUUCCAGAGUUGAUCAGUCAUGAAGAUUGUUUCACAGCAUUGAUGGACAUGGUGAUGAAGUUUCUUCCUUCUUUGCGGCCGCAGAAAGAACACCUCGGCCUCGUGGCUGGCCUAACGACACUGGGGCUCAUGAUGGCCAGGAAGCUGUCUGCUCACCCAGGUCUCCAGAGGACUCCAGAAGCCAAGAGAUUCUUCUCCACCACCAUUACUUUCCUGGCAGAAGCGCAUGUGGCCCAACCCGACCCUGGUGGUGACAGCAUGAUCCUCCAACUUGCACCAGCCUAUGAGGCAGCAUGGCCAGCUGUCUGUGAACUGUGGCUGCUGGGGAUGCAGGCCUUUGCCAGCUGUGUGCCACUUUUCCUGUGGCUGCCAGAGGUUGUCCUCUUCUCUGAUUGGCUCCAGAAUCUUUUGGAAUUGCUGAGCCAUGUGGCCCCAACAUCUGUGGACUUGGAGCUGGUCACUGCUUUCCAAGGUGUCUUAGUGGAGCUGGCCAGAACCAGCCGCCCAUGUCGAGAGGUGAUUCAGCAGCACCAAGGUGCUGAACUAGCUAAUCUGUAUGGUAUGGCAGCUUUAGAGCAAUGUCUAAGUCAACAGUGAGGAUAUACAGGACAAUCGUUUAAAAUAUAUCUAUCUGUCUCAAUCUGAUUGGUAUGGUCAUGAGAUAUGCCGUGUAUUAUAAUUGAAUAAAAUACCAAAAAAGCCAA